AUUACCUCCGUUCUCCGAAGCUCAAAACACCGGAUAUUUUGAAUCUUAUUUGGAACCUAUCUUUCUUUAGCCUUUCGGUCGGACCGUCGAUAUCGGGAUUGUCAUGUCAGCUACUACAUUUUCCUGGGAGGGUAAACAGCUCAGCCAAGGCGCUGAUUUCUUCGAUGAGAGACAGCCUCUAAUCGACAUCAAGCCUGUGGAUUAUGAAAGAAAGCUGUACUUUCGUCAAUGCGACCUCGUUACGUUUUCAGCGAAUGGGGUUCUUUUGUUCAGCACAAAUGGCAGUGAGGAAGGUAUACUCCCGAAAGGUAUUGGGGUUCGAAUAUUCCGGGGUCAAGGGAGGUUAGGAUGAAGGGGCAUAAGUAAGAUGAGAUGCUGGGUUCUACCAAGGCUCGCAUUCUUUUACUCUUGAUUAGUUAGGCAUUAGUCAGGCUGGAAUAUGUACAUGACAAGGAGCAUCUAAGUGAACAAUGAAUGCACAAUCGGUUGGGCCGAAUCCCAUCCAAGCCUC